AUGCUCGCUUCCCAUUUGUAUUCCAGAUCUUCUGUUCAGAAUGGGGCCUCCUCUUUACCUCCUAUCAGAUUUGGCCCUUCCCUCCUACCAAGGAGACCGCUGGUAACAUUCACAUUUUUACAUGGAAUUUUUCGAAAUAAAGGGGGCGGUAUAGGAUUCGAACCCCCGAUAUCACUGCUAAGACCCUCCGACUCGCCCACUCGAGUCGCUUAGCCCUUCUAAAUUGGUGAUGAAGGAGCAUCAGGCUUAGGUUCUGCUUUAGCAAAUUGCAUUAAUCUCUCAAAUUUGAAACUUAAACUUGGCAACAAUUAAAUUGGUGAUGAAGGUGUAUCAGGCUUAGGUUCUGCUUUAGCAAAUUGCAUUAAUCUCUCAAAUUUAACACUUUAACUUGAAGGCAAUUAAAUUGGUUCAUUGGGUGCAUCAGGCUUAGGUUCUGCUUUAGCAAAUUGCAUUAAUCUCUCAAAUUUGACACUUGACCUUGAUGGAAAUGAAAUUGGUGCAAUGGGUGUAUCAGGUUUAGGUUCUGCAUUAGCAAAUUGCAUUAAUCUCUCAAAUUUAACACUUUACCUUAAUUGUAAUGAAAUUGGUGCAAUUGGUGCAUCAGGCUUUGGUUCUGCUUUAGCAAAUUGCAUUAAUCUCUCAAAUUUGAAGCUUAAACUUAUUGGCAAUUUAAUUGGUGCAAUGGGUGCAACAGGCUUAUGUUCUGCUUUAACAAGUUGCAUUAAUCUCUCAAAUUUAACACUUGACCUUUUCAACAAUUAAAUUGGUGAUGAAGGUGCAUCAGGUUUAGGUUCUGCUUUAGCAAAUUGUAUUAAUCUCUCAAAUUUGGAACUUUGGCUUGGUAACAAUUAAAUUGGUGAUAAAGGUGCAUCAGGCUUAAGUUCUGCUUUAGCAAAUUGCACUAAUCUCUCAAUUUUGACACUUAGCCUUAGUAUCAAUUAAAUUGGUGAUGAAUGUGCAUCAGGCCUAGGCUCUGCUUUAGCAAAUUGCAUUAAUCUCUCAAAUUUGACACUUUACCUUGAUUACAAUUAAAUUGGUGCAAUGGGUGCAUCAGACUUAGGUUCUGCUUUAGCAAAUUGCAUUAAUAUCUCAAAUUUGACACUUUACCUUGGGUUACCACAGCUUAAUUAUUUUGGAUCUGGCAAUUAAAUUGGUGAUGAAGGUGUAUCUGGCUUAGGUUCUGCUUUAGCAAAUUGCACUAAUCUCUCAAUUUUGACACUUAGCCUUUUUGACAAUUAAAUUGGUGAUGAAGGUGCAUCAGGUCUAGGCUCUGCUUUAGCGAAAUGCAUUAAUCUCUUAAAUUUGACACUUUACCUUGAAGGCAAUUAAAUUGGUGAGGAAGGUGCAUCAGGCUUAGGUUCUGCUUUAGCAAAUUGCAUUAAUCUCACAAAUUUGACAGUUUCCCUUGAGUAAAAACAGUUUAUUUGUUUUGGAUUGUGA